UCGAGGCGUGUGCAGCCGGGUUCGGGGAAACAAAGAGAAAAAAAGAGGGAGUGGGAAGAAAGGAAAAGUGGAGCGGCCGGGCGCCCCGUGAAUGACCGGUGCGGGCGGGCGAUGUCUGCAGGAUCCAUGAGUUGAUUGUCCGUUGUCCGACUACGCAGCGAUCGCCAUGCCGGGCGGCGGUGGUGGUAGUGGCAGCGGCACCGCGGCCUCCUGGACACCGGAGCUGGAGGAGAUCCGGGUGAGGCUGGCGGCACUUGAGGCCCCGGCGGAGGCUGAGGAGGAGGAGAGGCCUGGAGACGACGAGGAGGCGGCUGUGUAUGCCGGGGACAUGCUGCUGCUGGGGGGCCAGUACCCCGGGGGAGCCGAGCAGGCCGCCAUCACCGUGCGGAGGAAGAGCGUCAACACCAACGAGCUGGUGCCGGUGCCCAGCUCCGAGCACGUCGCCGAGAUUGUGGGCAGGCAGGGCUGCAAGAUCAAAGCUCUGCGGGCGAAGACUAACACGUACAUCAAAACUCCAGUCCGCGGGGAAGAGCCAGUAUUUGUCGUGACUGGAAGAAAAGAGGACGUCGCCAUGGCCAAAAGAGAGAUCCUCUCGGCAGCCGAGCACUUUUCCAUGAUCCGAGCAUCUCGUAACAAAAACGGCCCUGCCGUGGGCAGCGCCCAGUGUACCCCCAACCUUCCAGGUCAAACUACAGUUCAAGUGAGGGUACCCUACCGAGUGGUCGGCUUAGUAGUGGGGCCAAAGGGAGCCACCAUCAAACGUAUACAACAGCAAACCCACACCUACAUCGUCACUCCAAGCCGAGACAAAGAGCCAGUUUUCGAGGUCACCGGUAUGCCCGAGAAUGUCGACCGGGCCCGAGAGGAGAUCGAGAUGCACAUAGCCAUGCGUACCGGCAACUUUAUCGAGCUCAACGAAGAAAAUGAUUUCCACUAUAACGGUACAGAUGUCAGCUUUGAAGCGAGCGGCUUGGCUGCCAGCUGGUUAAACGCCAAUGCCACCGCCCCCAGCCGUAACAAAAUGGUUUCCAACUAUCGCAACGAUAGUUCCAGUUCUUUGGGGAGCGGCUCCACCGAUUCUUUCAUGGGAAGUAAUAGACUGACGGAUUUUAGUCCAACAAGUCCGUUCAACGCAAGUAAUUUCUGGUUUGGAGAAACCAUGCCAACCAUGGCCUCCGAAGAUCUCGCCGACACCUCUGCCUUCGAUCCAGUACCAUCUCCUUCUGAGACUAUCUGGGCGCCCUUCGACCCAGUGAAUCCCCUCUCCAGCUAUGGAAAUGAUGUGGGUGCAAAAUCUCAGCGCCGAGGCAGCAUGUCUCCGACCUUCCCCGAAGGCUUGGAGUACCCCCUCACCAGAAGUAUUAGAAGUGACCUUUCAAGCACAAACAAGGGCGGGCUUCCCAACUACAUCCCGGCCUUCUCCAACGGUACCAACAGCUACUCUUCUUCCAGCGGAGGCUCCACGUCCAGUUCACCGCCCGAGACGAGGCGGAAGCACGACUGUGUCAUCUGCUUCGACAACGAGGUGAUUGCCGCCCUCGUACCCUGCGGCCACAACUUCUUCUGCAUGGAAUGUGCUAACAAGAUCUGCCAGAAGGAGAUGCCCCUGUGCCCAGUCUGCCAGUCUCCAGUCAACCAGGCAAUACGAAUCCAUUCUUAGACUUGUCGCGGAUAUGCAUAUAUAAAAGAAAUACUCUAUAGCAAUCUUCCUCGAACACAUAUGUAUAAAUCUAUAUAGUCUCAUGUAUGGAAAAGGCGAGAGUCGGGCUAAAUAUAGAAAUAAAACUGCUGCUACCACCUCCGUAUAGAAGUUACUGCAUGCCCAGGUCGACUUUGGUGGUGUCCAGUUAAUUGGCAUUGGUGUUGGUCUAGUAUACAUGGUAAAUUAUGAUUUCCGGGUAGUUUACAUUCACAAAUAUGUUUACAUAGGUGGAAACGAACGUCUCGAUCUCUAAUGUUAGUUCCACUGCAGGCUCAAGAAUUGGGAGGACUCUGCGCCUCGUCUUGUACGUCUAAACGUGUUCCACGCCCACAGAUCUUUAGGUUGCGUCAUCUUGAAUCUCUAGGCGCAUCAAGAGCGGCAUUCCAAAUUCUGUAGGUUGGCUAUAAUGGGACAAGCGCUCCCUGCUGGUUCAGUGUCUGUACUGGUUUUUUGUUUACACCAGUGCUGAGGAUAGCCAGAUUCUCUGUAGUAUAGGUAGUCCCUUGGGUACGAUUAAUGAUUUAUUCCUGUUCACACACAGUCACAGCUGCCGUUUUUGGCAUCGUCUCGCAGCAUGUCCUGACCCUGGAAUCCUUCCACCAGUUGACUCUUUGAAAAACGUAGCGUUGACAUUUAUGAUUCAAUUAUUUGGCUACGGUACUGUCUCUCAAAAAAAAAAAAACUGCUUUCUCGUGGAAUCAGUGCUCCUCUUUUCACUAGGCAGCUCAGCCCCGGUACUCUGCUGCAAUACCAGGCACAGCAUCUAGAGGGGGGGGGGGGGGGAAGCAGCCUUGUUUAAUUAAUUAUUAUAGCUCUAGGGAUUUCUUUAGCGGCCACCAGAAAUCUGAAUGCAGCUCUUGAUGUGAUUGGAGAAUAAGAUGCAACGCAAGAUGCAAUUCACACUAUUGUUAAAAGCCGCCACUUGAGAAAUGGUAAAAAAUAUCAGCACUGCCAGUCACUAGCCAUGGUAUACGGUGUACAGUUAUCAACGGUGUGAACUGCGCCAAAUCAAAACUUGGGACGGACUGCGUUUUCGAUCAAUGUUACAUUUAAUUUAAUUGUUUUUUUUUGUUUUGAGAAAACUGGAGCGAUCUGUCAUUUAUAAGUAUGACGGAGAUGUAGUUUUUCCGGAACUCACACGUGCGGGAAAAGCCAGCAAGCAGUGCCAUGCUGUGUGGACGCCCCCCUGUCAAUCAGUGUCUGGAAGGCGGGGCCUGGAUAUCAUCGCACCGCUGGCUGAAAAACCCUCCGUUAAUUUGUAAGUGACAGACAGCGGAGGCGGGCUUGCCUGUCACUACAGUGGGCAGCACAGGGGACCCGACAGGCUCCCAGGUCGAAAAUACAUCCACUUGUAUCCCCUCGAAUUCUGCAAUGACGUUCAGAGGAGUCGUUCACUGAGAGGAAUUCAUGUGGCAAUAUUUUUAUUAUUUUUUUAUUUUGUUCCACCAUGGGGCUCUCUAGUGGAAACACUACCGCAAUAGACUGUAACGUUGCCAGUUUUCAGAAAGAAAAACUUUCUGGAUUUAUUUCAAAAGCUUUACAAUGCACAAAGCAGCUAAUAGCGAAUGCUCCAUUCCAACUAUUAGUCUGAUCGAGUCGAUCAAUCUGUUCUUGUAGAGGAAAAAAAAAAGUGAUGGUAAAUGUGAACACUUUUUAUGAGCCAGCCAUGACUUGAAUGAAUUUUAGCUUUACUUAACCAAGGGAAAGGCUGGGACUUUUUAACUAUACUCUCUAAUUUUAAAAAGAAAAUUAAUUUAAAUUUAUUUUUUAUUUUUAGAGGAUUCUUAACACUGCAAGUGAAUUUUGGGAGGUGUAUAAUUUUUUUUUUUUCAUUUUUGCAUUUCAGCCUGUGGAUUUAUUUUUUUUUUUAAAUCUUUCAGUCAACUAUUAUUUUUUUUUUUUUUUGUGGUUGCAUAAAAAAAGUGCAGAAAGAAAACUCCCUAAGGAUUAUUUUUUUUUAUAUAUUUUUGAAAUAAUUUUAUUUUUUCACAACACAACAACCGAAGCUGUAAAGUCUGUACCGACUAUAUAAUAUAAAUCUUUAAUUUUUUAUUUCCACUUGAAGUUACAUUUCGUAUGAAUAUAUUAAAAACAAAAAAGUUUACAGAUUACUGUUUUGGGGUUUAUUUUUAUUGUAGAACUUUUUUUGGGGGGGGGGUGGGGGGGUAUAAUAUUUGCCUUGAUGGCUUAUUAUUAAAAAUAAUGUAUUGCAAACUUUCGAUGCUAAUCGCUUGUAGAAUAGCUUAAGUCAGUAUUGAAACAUUUUAGCUGCCGUCUUAGCCAGUUCGCACGAACGUUCGCCAAGCAUGUGUUUUAUAUACGAAAAUUAAAAAAAAAAUCCUAUUAUUGCAUCGUACACGGCAACUAACAAGCCAAGGAGUUACCCGAUACAUUAGGUGCGUGUACCAUUUCUAAUAACUAUGGAAAAAUCUAUUAAUAUAGUUUAGUAUUUGCUAAUUUUACUACAAUUUUGUUAUGUAUAUGUAGGGAAGUAUAGGGAUUAUAAAUUCAGUUUGAGUAAAGGUUAAAAACCAUAUAUUUUAUGAUAAAGGGCCUUUAACUUAUUACGGCCAAAGCACUGAUAUUAUAUAUUUGCUGUAAAGAGAAUUAUAAGAGUUUUAUUUUUUGGAUAUUAAACGUUAAUAAAGACAUGUUUCCAUUAA